CUGGGAAAUGUAGUCUAGAAACGGAAGCUGCGUGGCACUGGCCUCUUGGAACAAAGUUGCUUAAAUGAUUUCGGAAAGACCACACCCGGUAUCUGGACGUUUCUGGGUGAAGGACGAGUUGCCCGUUUUGCCUUUGUUGAUAGUGUCUCCGGGUAGUGGUCGAGUUGAAAAAUGCUUUGUGGUCUGUGCCGUCAUCAGUUUUCAUAAGUGUCACAUCUAUUACGCAGAAGGAACGCAUUCCAUAAUUAAUUGUAUUGUCUCUUGGUGUCUCUCUGGAGCUCCUGACAAGAUCUUUCACCACACUCCAGAUCAUCUCUUCCCUUCAACCCUGACUGAAUUCAUAGAGGACUGCUAAGCUUCUGGUUGCUGAGACAACAGAGUUGAGACCCGGGGUGACCAUGACAACUAACUGGACUUCAACCCAGGAAGCUAUACUGUUGGCCCCAGAGGAUUCUGGGAGCUCCUGUGAGGGACCAGUGUCCUUUAUGGAUGUGACUAUAGAUUUCAGCAGAGAGGAAUGGCAGCAUCUAGACCCUGCUCAAAGAAGUCUCUACCGGGAUGUGAUGCAGGAGACCUACAGUCACCUGCGCUCAGUAGAAGAAUUGCAGCAGAUUGGUGACCAGAACAAGACCUGUCAGCAAAUAGAAUAUAAGUCAGCAAGUGACUUAGUUUUCAUCAAGAAGCCACUGGAUACAAAGAACCAUGAAUAUAAGGGUGUUAAAAAAAUAAUUCAUGUGAAUCUGUACAGUGUUCUUUCUCCCAAAAGACCCCGUCAGUGUGAUUCACUGGGGAGUGAUCUGAAGCAUAAUUUGGAUUUACAGAGGCAUAAUGGGACAAAGAGAAUUAAAAAGAUUACUGAAUAUGGUAAAAUUUCAUCCUCUACCAACGUUGAGCACAUUCUGACAGGAGAGAAAUUAUGGGACCAUAAUCAGUAUGGAAAAGUCCUCAGUUAUGAACAAGUCCCUUGUCAAUAUCAGAAAAUUCAUAUUGGGGAGAAAUCAUAUGAAUGUGCUGAAUUUGGAAAGAUUUUCACCCAAAAGUCACAGCUCAAAGUACAUAUGAAAUCUCAUACAGGAGAAAAACUCUAUGUAUGUAUUGACUGUGGGAAGGCAUUUUCACAGGAGCCUGAAUUCAUCACACAUCAAAAAAAACAUACUAGAGAGAAGCCCUAUAAAUGCAGUGACUGUGGAAAGUCCUUUUUCCAAGUAUCUUCUCUCUUCAGGCAUCAGAGGAUUCACACUGGAGAAAAGCUCUAUGAAUGCAACGAAUGUGGGAAGGGCUUCUCGUAUAACUCGGACCUCAGCAUGCAUCAGAAAAUCCAUACAGGAGAGAAACAUCAUCAGUGUAUCGACUGUGGCAAAGCAUUCACUCAAAAGUCCACACUCAAGAUGCACCAGAAAAUCCACACAGGAGAGCGGUCCUACGUCUGUAUUGAAUGUGGGCAAGCGUUUAUCCAGAAGACACACUUGGUCACACACCGAAGAGUUCACACUGGAGAAAAGCCUUAUGAGUGCACCAACUGUGGAAAAUCCUUCACUUCCAAGUCACAACUCCAAGCCCAUCAACGAACUCACACAAAAAUGAGGCCUUACGUUUCCACUGACUAUGGGAAAGUCUUCAGCAGUAGCUCCAGCCUCAUUACACCUAAGAAAAUGCAAAUUAAAGAGAAAUCUUCCAUCUGUACUGAGUGUGGGAAGGCCUUUACCUACAGGUCAGAGCUGAUCAUUCAUCAGAGAACUCACACCGGAGAGAAACCUUACCAGUGUGGUGACUGUGGCAAAGCCUUCACACAGAAGUCAGCCCUUACGGUGCACCAAAGAAUUCAUACAGGAGAAAAGUCAUACGUGUGCACGAAAUGCGGGCUGGCUUUCAUCCAGAAGGCACACUUGGUUGCACACCAGAUAAUUCACACUGGAGAAAAACCUUAUAAGUGUGCUCACUGUGGAAAACUCUUUACUUCCAAGUCUCAACUCCAUGUACACAAACGAAUUCACACGGGAGAAAAACCUUAUGUGUGCAAUAAAUGUGGGAAGGCAUUCGCCAACAGAUCAAAUCUCAGCACACAUCAUAAAACCCAUACAGGGGAAAAAUCCUAUGUCUGUUCAAAGUGUGGAAAGGCUUUCACUCAGAGGUCGGACCUGAUUACACACCAGAGAAUUCACACUGGAGAGAAACCAUAUGGAUGCAGUACCUGUGGGAAAGCCUUUACCCAGAAAUCACACCUCAAUGUACACCAGAAGAUUCAUACUGGAGAGAGACAGUAUGAGUGCCAGGACUGCGGGAAAGCCUUCAACCAGAAAUCAAUCCUCAUUGUGCAUCGGAGAACUCACACGGGGGAGAAACCCUAUGUAUGUACUGUGUGUGGGAGAGCUUUCAUCCGAAAGUCCAACUUCAUUACCCACCAAAGAAUCCACACUGGAGAGAAGCCUUAUGAGUGCCCCGACUGCAGGAAGGCCUUCACCUCCAAGUCGCAGCUGCUGGGGCACCGGCCAGUCCACACGGGCGAGAAACCUUAUGCCUGUGCUGCCUGCGGGAAAGCCUUUAGUGGCAGGUCAAAUCUCAGUAAGCACCAGAAGACCCACACCGGGGAGAAGCCAUACAUCUGUUCUGAAUGUGGGAAGACCUUCCGGCAGAAGUCAGAGUUGAUCACCCAUCACAGAACCCAUACCGGAGAGAAGCCUUACGAAUGCAGCGACUGUGGGAAGUCCUUCACUAAGAAAUCGCAACUCCAAGUGCAUCAGCGAAUCCACACAGGAGAGAAGCCCUAUGUGUGUGCUGAGUGCGGGAAGGCCUUCACCGAUCGGUCCAAUUUGAAUAAACACCAAACGACACACACCGGAGAGAAACCUCAUAAGUGUGCAGUUUGUGGAAAAGGCUUUGCACAGAAGUCAGUGCUCAGUGUGCAUCAGAAUAUUCAUCCUUAAACAGUAGGAGAACUCGUUGAGGAUGGGUCUUGUGAUCACCGCCUCUGUGAAACAAUAAUAUGCACAUUGUUGUAAAUAGAAAAGCCACGUGACAGUGUCACACUUAACUGCUCACAAAAGGAUCUCAGAAGGUACUGAAUGGGAUUACAGGGAAGGACACACCUGCUGAGAAGUGUCAGUUUGACCCAAUAGAAGCUUUCUCCUGAAAAACUACAAUGGAACACUUACCAAGUUCUUCACAAGGAAGAUCAUGUUACCUCCUUGUUGGAGGAUGGUUUUCGCACUAUGUAUUCAAAUGCUGAUUUCUGUGACCAGAGAUCUGGUUGCAGUUCCAGCUUUGGCAUUGUAACUUUUAUGAAGCAUCUCCUGUUUUAAUGUAUAAAAACUGUUCUCCGUCACCUGAUUGGUUAAUAAAGAGAACAGCCAAUAGCUGAGCAGGAGAGGUAAGGUGGGACUUCCAAUCCCAAUGAGAGGGUCUCAGGUGGGGACUAGAGAGAGGAGUCACCAUGAGGAUACAUAUGAACAAGGAGAUGCCACAAUGAGACUAAGAUAACCUGGGAAGUAGGCUAGGCCAGCAUAGUCAGAUUAGAAUAGCUCAGUAUAUGCCCAGCUGUAGUGUUUGAAGAUUUUAAUAAAAUUCUUAGGUCUCCAUGUCAUUGUUUGGGAGGUAGGAUAGGCAUAGAAAAAAAAAAACUUGCCUCAUUUGAUGAAAAUCCCGAUGAUGGAGUGCGCACACUGUGAACUAAUUUGUAAUAGAAUGUAAUGUACA